GGUGUGUGGGAGUAGUGUGCAACAGCGACCACAGUCAGUCUUAUAGUAAAUCAACGACCAUGACCCUCUGGAGCGCCUUUGCGCAGGGAGGAUGCCCACAGUUUCCGAAUAAUGACAACAACCAGCACCAUUCCGGUGAGAAAAUAACUAUGUUUUAGUGCUUUCCGUAGUCAUAAUUUGGAUACAAAAUAAACUCACGCAGUGGAAGUGGAUUAAGAGAACAGAAACCAGGUUCUUCAGAGAAGCACCGAUGGAGGAGCAGCGGGAUCUUAACAGCUCGGAUAGCAGCGAGGGGGAGAGCGUUUCCCCGUCUCCCAGCCUGCCCUCCCCGCCUAUAUUGCCUCUACAGGUCGCCCAACAGGCCCACAGAACCACCAACUUUUUCAUUGACAACAUUUUGAGACCGGACUUUGGCUGCAAGAAGGAGCACGGCCUUGGCCUGCGGGAGAGGGCGCAGACAUCCGGUCGGGAGCGCGUCCACCCGGCGAUCAGCAGGCCGAGCCUUCCAGGGACGCCGUGCCAGGACUCCAACUGCAGUACUGACAGUAGUUCGUCCUCUGCCUCCUCCGCUUCUUUGGCAAGUCCCAAAAAAAGCAACGUUACCGGCGGAGGAGCCGCAGCCGCUCCCUCUACCGGUAACGGCCAAGGCGUAAAAGCAGAGGGGAGAACUGGCACUGGGGCCGGGGAAAAUACCUCGUCUUCGCUGGUGGUGCUGAACGGCACCGCGGCGCCCACACCGGAGACGCAGCCACUGCUCUGGCCUGCCUGGGUUUACUGCACCCGAUACUCGGACAGGCCCUCAUCUGGCCCAAGGACACGGAAACUGAAAAAGUCAAAAAGCGGCAAAGAGGACAAACGGCCACGCACGGCCUUCACGGCCGAGCAGCUGCAGAGACUGAAGACAGAGUUCCAAGUGAAUCGCUACAUCACGGAGCAGCGGCGCCAGUCUCUGGCCCAGGAGCUCAACCUCAACGAGUCCCAGAUCAAAAUAUGGUUUCAGAACAAAAGGGCCAAGAUCAAAAAGGCCAGUGGCUUCAAGAACGGGCUGGCCCUUCAGCUGAUGGCGCAGGGACUUUACAACCAUUCCACCACCACCAUCCAGGAGGACAAGGAGGACAGCGACUGAUGAACACGACUUCCUUCUUACACUCACGCUGUACAUUGUAAAUAAUAAUAUCUAAUUUAACGUGGAGGAUGGGGGACCGAGCUAGUGUCCUCUUCCUCGUCUCCUCCUCUUCAGAAGUGACUCUAGAGCAGAAGAUUCGAGCAGACUGACCUGCCACCGCCAAACCAAAGAUUUUAUUGAGAAAUAGACACUUUCAGAAACGUUAAUAAGCAGCAGCACCCUUGAUGUUAGACUGAAGUGUACCCUCACCCAUCCAUUCCUCCUCACAGCCAUAACAGGCGCACACCAGCUGAUGUUCUGGGGCAUUUUUACUUUACUAAUGGUAGUUGCUUUCGUUCUGGAACGCGCUGCUGACCACUUCCAACAGCCAUACGAGUACUUUACUAAUCCUGCGGUCAGUUUGAAUACGGUUCAACACACAGUUUGAGUACCAAAUGUGAACAACGUGGUUCUGUCAUUUCAAAAGACACAAGAAAUCCCUUUGAAUUUGUUAGGAACGUCUCAUGCAAUCUGUUACAGUGAAAACACAUGUGGGAUCUGAUCUAAAUAGAGGAUUCUGUAUGAUGCCCUUUGAGAAACCACACGGAAAAUAUAAAAAAAACAGUAUUAUAAAUAAUAAGUUAAAAUUUUAAUUGCUGAGAGAAAGCCUCUAUAAAAGCCCAUCGUGAAUAUUUUGUGAAUAUUUUAUUGCUACAGCAGCACAUAAAACGUGUUGUGGUCCUUUUUCACUUUCAGACAUACACGCUAAAACUGAAACAACAACGCCUUCACACAAACACAACAUCUGCAGCUUAGCCACACUCUCUGUUUUUGUGCCACUUCUUUUAUCUAAUCGGCCGAUCAAUAAAAAGAAAUAAACAAACGAACAAAGAAAUUUAAAUCAAAUCAAAUCAAAUGAACGUGUGAGCUGUACUGCAUUUUCAUAACGUCACCGUGUGUGUGUGCACCUGCAGCGGUUUCUUAGUCGAAAUUGUGUAAUUGUGUUUUCUGAGAUUAAUGUCUCUUAAACGGACCCAAGGAUUACUACAGCGCUUCUGUGCGUCAUUUCCUCUGGUGCAAAGUGGCCUGAGACACUCGGCAAACAGCAUCGCACUAUUUGAAAUACAUCUUGAAAUACAUUAUGUACAAUUUCAAAUAAACACUUUUAUAUUGG